CGGUAAUGGACCGAACACGGUCUGCAUUCGAAUCACACAGAGGAAGUGGAAGAGGAACCUUUCGCAGUUGGUAGUUGCACUCGGACCCAUUUCUUGAUUACUCUCCAAUGACCGCUGUGGCGGAUAAGCAUAUCCUGGCCAUGGAAGAUAUCGAUUAUAAAGACUCUCGAUUGGAGGACACAAAUGAACGGACUAACUCAGAUGUGGAGGGUGAUGAUCAAAUGGCACCUGAUGGAGAAUCUGAGGGAAGUAUAGAUGGAGACGAUUUGGAGGUUGAAGAUGGACAUCAGGAGGAGGAGGCCAAAGAAGGCAUUGCUAAUGCUGGCUGGGCAGAAGCAAUGGCUAAAAUCUUGGGGAAGCAAACCCUCAAGAGCAAAACCACCAUCUUGAUGAAAAACAAAGAACUGGACAAGGUGAAGGCAAAGGAAAGACAGGAGCAGUUGGAAAGGAAGGAAAGGACUCACAAGAAGCGAACAUGGGAGAUGAUGUGCAGAGUGAAACCUAAUCUUGUCAUGGACCGUGAGGUAGAAAAAACUCUGCAGAGAAUUGCAACUAGAGGCGUGGUGCAACUAUUUAAUGCGGUGAGGAAGCACCAGAAGAAUGUUGAUAACAAGGUGAAGGAGGCUGGUGGCUCAGAGAGGAGGAAGGCAAAAAUACUCUCUUCUGUUUCCAAAAAGGACUUCAUUGAUGUGCUGAGGAAAACGGAAGGCAGCAGCAGUGUGACAGUCAAGGCAGAAAAAGACUUAAGUAUUAGUGUUUGGGUCCGAGCGGAAAAGAUGAACCUGUGCUUUACCAGCGUUCUCCUCACUUUGGAUUUCUUCACGGUGACGCUCAGUUUGUCGACAUGCAGCAUACUGGACAUGGACCAGUUCAAGAUGAAGCGCAUCGAGUCUAUCCGAGGGCAAAUUCUGAGCAAACUCAAGCUAGCUAAUCCUCCGGAGGACUUCCCCGAGCCCGAGGACGCGUCCAAGGACAUCGUAGCCAUUUACAACAGCACACGGGACCUUUUGCAAGAGAAGGCCAACGAACGGGCUGCAACGUGCGAGCGCCAGCGCAGUGAAGAGGAAUACUACGCCAAGGAGGUGCACAAGAUCCAAAUGCAGCCUAUCUACCCGUCCGAGAAUGUUAUUUCUCCAAGUGUAUUCAACCCUUACUUCAAACGACUAAUGUUUGAUGUGUCCUCCAUGGAGAAGAAUGCCUCCAAUCUUGUGAAAGCUGAGCUGAGAAUCUUUCGUCUUCAAAAUCCUAGUGCAAGAGUAUCUGAACAACGUAUUGAACUAUACCAGAUUUUAGUACAUAAAGACCUGACAUCCCCAAUCCAACGAUACAUUGACAGCAGAGUGGUAAGAACACAAACAGAGGGCGAGUGGCUUACCUUUGAUGUGACAGAGGCAGUGAGUGAAUGGAUGAACCACAGAGACAGAAAUAAUGGAUUCAAGCUCAGCCUACAUUGCCCAUGUUGUACUUUUGUUCCAUCAAAUAACUACAUUAUUCCCAACAAGAGUGAAGAGCUGGAGGCACGUUUUGCAGGUAUUGAUGACAACUUCAUCAAUGGUGGUGAUCUAAAAGUGUUCAAGAGGCUACAUCACAAUUCUCGGCCUCCACAUCUUCUAAUCAUGCUGCUACCCUCAUACCGAGUGGAGUCUCCAUUUCACCGCAAGACACAUCGAACAAAGAGAGCCCUCGAUGCAGUUUACUGCUCUAGAAAUGUUCAAGACAACUGCUGUUUAAGGGCCCUCUACAUUGACUUUAAGAAAGACCUUGGUUGGAGGUGGAUUCAUGAGCCAAAGGGCUAUGAGGCCAACUUUUGUGCUGGAGGCUGUCCUUAUCUAUGGAGUGCUGACACACAGCAGGCCAAGGUGUUGGGCCUUUAUAACACCAUUAACCCUGAUGCAUCAGCGUCACCCUGCUGUGUGUCCCAGGACCUAGAACCCCUUACAAUCCUUUACUAUAUUGGCAAGACACCGAAAAUAGAACAGCUCUCCAAUAUGAAGGUCAAGUCUUGCAAGUGCAGCUAGAAACUAAGCCAGUGCAAGCCACUCCCACACUCCUUCACACAAUAAUGCACACACACUACUUGCAAAUGUGCUCGCUCUUCUAUUUUUGUACACAAAGUCCAGUGUCAUGUGAUCAAGUUUAGAGGUACUGAACAAAUAAACCUCAUUCAAAACAGCAUUGUGAUGCUCUUACAAAUACACAACACAGACCAUGAUUCCAUAAAGACUUUACCACCAUGUGCCUUGAAUAUGUUUUUGUUUGUUUCUAUACUGUUUAACAGCAAAUUUAACUCAUGGUUCAAUAUUGCGAUGAUGAAUAUUAGUCCAACUUGAAUUAGGAAUUCACUUUGAAGUGCCCUGCAUGGCUUUCUAACCAUCAGCCCCUGUUGGCUAUCAUAUGUUAAGAUUCAAUCCAUCAUAUCCAAUCAAGCCUCUUCUUAUGAAAGCAAAACAGUGUAGUUAUUUUGGUGCAAACAGUAAGGUUGGGAUAUUUUUUGAAUGCAGCUAAAUGAAAGGCUAGAAGAACAAGAAGUCCUCAUUGUUUAAUUAUUUUUGAUGAUAUUGAUAAACAUGAAAUGACUGGUAUAACUAUGGAAAUACAGUAUAGGCAAUAACAUUGCAUAUGUUGUGCAGUAUAUUUGCCAUUGAGUUUAAGAUGAUUAUAUACACAGUGGAAUUGAUGGAGACCGAGUUUUAGUGAGACUGACAAAUACUCAGUCUGAACUUCUAUAAUUUCCCCUCAAAAUAAGACAUGUAUCAAUCAUCAUUCUGUCCCUCAUUAGCUAUUUUAGUUUAGAAGAAUUGGUGUAUUGUACCAUCUUUUCCAUUGAAGCAAUUUUAGGUCAAAUUAGCCUGAUUAACAAUAGAUCAGUUCAAACUUACUGUUGACAUGUUGCUACAUGAGCUGUAAGUUAUUGCAUAAAUAGAUGACAGCCUUGAACAUUAUUCGGCCAGGGGUCUCAUUUCAAAUUAGAAAAUCUCAUUGCACAUUACCAUACGGAAGUGUAUUGCUGCCACCUCCGAAAAAAAUGUUCUUCAUCACCUUAUAACGUGAUACAUUUCAAGUUUUAAUGUGAUAGAUUUCACAUUUUAAUAUGAUAACUCAUCAGAUAACAAAAUAACUGAC